UGAAGCAGCCGGAGCCUCCCAAGGUGGCCCUGGGGGAGGAGGAGAAGCACCUGGCCUUUCCUUCUUAUCGUCUAGUCCGGUGGCACCAUUUCCUCUCACAGGUUCACCAUGAGGACUGAUGAGGUUCUGUCUGAGCAGUGCUCCUGGUAGAGUCAGAGAGCCUCGCCUGGACUCCCGGCACCAUGACCCCGCUGAAGAUGACUCUCCUGGUCACCCUUCUUCUGGCGGCUUCCCUGCAGGACACCCAUGCAGUUCGAGCUACCAAUGUGGGCCGGGAGUGUUGCCUGAAGUACUACAAAGGAGCCGUUCCUCUCAGAAGGCUGGUGCAGUGGUACAAGACCCCAGAGGACUGUCCCAAGGAUGCCAUCGUGUUUUUAACUGUUCAGGGCAAGUCCAUCUGUUCAGACCCCAAUGACGUGAGGGUGAAGAAGGCAGUCAAACACUUGAAAAACAUCAAGAAGUGACAUGGUGGUGUGCCCUGAUUUCUCCCUGGACCAUUUGGAAACUUCUGGAGGCCUCAGUAUUCGCUACCCCAAACCUCAGCUGCUUGGUUCCAGUGAAGGCCCUACGAGGACAAAGAGGAUCCUAGGUCUCCUUUUCUGAACUGGAACCAUGGCGUGAAAGGGGUCAGAUUAAACUCUC